AUGGUUCUUUGUCGAUCCAUGGGAGCGGAUGAAGCUCUAGCAAAUGACUUACGACUUUUGGAAAGAGACUCUUUUGAUAUUGACCAAGCGACUCGGGACAUAUCAUGGCUGGAGACAUCACUUUUUAGGGUGCGAAAUCUACUUUCUAAUCAAGCCGCGAUAAUUCAUUGUUUGUUGCAACAACCUCAAAUAUCAGCUGAGUUAUGCGCACAAGAUGUGAGCAAUCCGCAGUUUCUCCAGGAAGAAGAAGGUACUAAAUCGUCAAAGUGGGGACAACAGUUUCCAGAGUUGCUGGACAAUCUCCAAAUUUUACUUGCUGAGAAGAAAACACAUAAAGCUUUAGAUGAGCUACAGAAAGGGAGAGUGUUUUUUGAUGAAAAUGCACCCCAGAAAUCGGAAGCUGCCGUAAUUGCAUUAAACUUGAAAUCAAUAAAAGAACGACUAGCAGAAGAACUAACUGACUCGACUAUGAAGGCUUCUGUUUGUGGCGUUGAGCUACGUGAUACAUGCUCAGUCCUUCAGAAACUUGGUGAAGGCUCAAGAGCUCAUGACUUGCUGCUUGUGUCUCACCGAAAUAGGCUACUGUACAAUAUCAAAGGUUUAUGCAGAAGCAAGAGUUCAUAUGGCGGUGCCUACACCGCAGCUCUUUCUCAGCUUGCAUUUUCUGCUAUUUCUUUGGCUUUAAAGGAUUCCACUGCUGUGUUUAAUGGAAACUUCAGUUGCGGAUCAGAGCUUGUUUUAUGGGCACGAGAUAUAACCCAAGAAUUUGUUACUUUACUAAAGAAGUAUGUGCUCUCAUCUCUAGCAGCGGCAGGGGGACUCAGAGCAGCUGCCGAAUGCGUGCAUAUGGCUCUGGGACACUGUUUUCUCCUUGAAACUCAGGGACUUGCAAUCUGUCCUUACCUUUCGAGUCUUCUCAAGCCAUCUGUAGAGGAAGCAGUUUCAGCCAAUGUUGUACGAAUUGGGGACAACGUCAUUGCAUUGGCUGCAGCAGAUGACUGGAACCUUAUCCAGCCCCUCCAUGAUCAGAGAAUGGGUGGGAGAGCAUCUUAUCACACUGCAGAGGGUAUUUAUGUACGCUUGUCAAGCAGUGCACACACGUUCAACAUUUUGAUCGAGCUGACCCACUCGGCCCUUGAAGCUUUGUGUAAGAUCUAUGAGCGCUAUGUGGAUCUCCUGAUAGACGCUUUGCUGCCUGACGGCCAGAUCUUGCAGAAAGGAAACAUAAAACUAGCAAAAACAAUGUCACAAAAACUUGUUGUCUUCGGCAAUGCAACGGCUUUAUCUGAGGAUAUACUCCCCAAGGUUUCUCGCUCACUACUUCAAUGUCAGGAGAGUUUCAACAGUCCCAUUGAUGAUGAGCAGCAGAAAGAGUGGAAGUUAUACCUGCAGCACACGUGUGAGAAGUUGAAGUCUACUAUAUGCAACAUUCUUAUAAAGGAUAUUCUGUACGAUAAAGAUCGAGAACUCCUGACUCCCGAUCUUUAUUCUGAAGCCGCAGACCCAGAAUGGCAACAAAACCCAUUUCCAUCGUCACCUUUCGAGUUCGUGUUAGACAUGCAAUUCGUGAUUGAGAUCGCCACUGAAAGAAGCUGCACUUCAGAUGUCAUGUAUAAGGUGGUUGCUGACAACAUCGCCCUAGCAAGUAAUGCAUUCGCAUUGAAUGGUCAAGAUCCAAUGAGGAAAGAAUCCAUAAAAGCAUACUCCACUGCAAAGAAAAGUUUGAGGAGGAGCGUGAUAGCCACCGUUGAAAGUGCAGUGCGGGAGCACAUAAUUCGAAUUCCAAGUUUGACUGCAAGGAUCAAAUCUCAGAUAGCCAAAAACUAG